GGAAAUGAGGUAAAAUGUAUUAACUACUAAACUGACAUAGUUUAACGUCGUCAUAACUUAGCACAUGCUAUUAGUAAUCACACACAAGAGAUAUCUCGAGUCAACGAAAAAUCUGAACACAUUCUUUUCGGAAAGAUAUUUAAUGCUGUUGGACUGAACAGCUAUCAUGGGAAACUCCAGGUCGGCAAGUUUUGAAGUAGAUCACCCACCGGGUGAAGUAACUCCAACGAGACAUUCAAGCCGAAAAGAAUUUACCUUUGUUGGCGAAAAUGACAGUAAUAAUUCCAAGCCAUACAUUAGUACAAGACCUCCUGGCAUGUAUGCGGAUGUAUAUGCAGAAAGUUUAGUGAGCGAGAACUCGAGUAAGGAAUCAGAGACCAUUUCUACAGUUUCCUCGACCUCUAAUGCUGUGAAACGUCCCUCAUUUGCGGAUCACUAUACGAAAACAGCUCCAUCAAGAUUAUCUAUAUCCAUUGAUAACGAAGAUGGCAUCAAGACAGACACUCAAAAAACAAGAAGCGUGAAUCAACAUCCAAGUCCCGAAUCAUUUUUUGAUGCAAUAUUUGCAACCAUUGAGCAAGAGGCUGGAAAGAGGUCCCCAGUCCCACCAAGACGAUCACCGCAUACCAUGGCUAAAAAAAGAUGGACUACUAUGUUUAGUUAGAGCUAACAGCUGUGAUUGAACAACGCAGUGGAAAAAAACAAAACAUUGCAUUUGAUGCUUGUACGUAUACAACGUACGCUGAGGAACGUCUUCUGGCAAAUGCCUCUCAAUAUAUUUGCUGAACAUCUUUCAUUCUCGCACGAAAAAAAAACAUUUUAUAAGACUUGACCAAAACCGUUCGAAAUUUUUGUCAUCAAACAUGAGCUAUUUCUUUAGGCUGAAGGAUGUAUGGAACAGUGAUUGCAUUGAAGAGAAAACAUUAACAUUUGGUUAUCAAUGGUUCAGUAUCAAUGAACAAAAUGUGUACACCGUGCAUUUGAUUAUAUAGACUGACUACCUGCGCUAUUAUAUACUUAGAUACUUACUGUAAUGCAAAAAAAGAAGAAGAAAAAAAAAAAAGCGUAGUGGUGGACCCUACAGACAAGACAAGGAUAAACGAGAAUAUCUAAAAGGGAAAUCAAAAUAUUUAACAUGUAAUUGGUUCAAAACGCCUAUUGCCAUUCGCUAUCGUAUUGAUAGAUAUAACAAGAAUUAUACUUAUAUUGGUUGAUUUUUCAACCCAUUGCCAUACUAAUAUUUCACAAACAUUCAGGGCAGUAUUAUAUUUAUUUAUUUUAUCUCUAAGCAUGAGACGAAUAUGUGCCCACCCGGCCUCGGAACAGCUCAAGUAAAUUUUAUAAAUAUUUUAUUGACACUAAAAAGCUGAAUAAAAAUGAUAGUUUAUUGAUAUACAA